GGUUGCUACAGCCGGAGCUGGGCGGUGGCGGCUGCUGCCUGCGGAGCCUGAGGCGGCGCGCCAUGGACGGGCUGGAAGAAAAUGGAAGUGCUGUCCAAGUUGGAGAAUUGUUGCCCUGCAAGAUUUGUGGAAGAACAUUCUUCCCAUUAGCACUGAAAAAGCAUGGACCCAUUUGCCAGAAAACUGCCACUAAAAAGCGGAAGACUUUUGAUUCCAGCCGGCAGAGAGCUGAAGGGACUGAUAUUCCCACAGUCAAGCCUCUCAAACCCAGGCCAGAACCACCAAAGAAACCAUCUAAUUGGAGAAGAAAGCAUGAGGAAUUCAUUGCCACCAUAAGAGCAGCAAAAGGCCUUGACCAAGCUCUCAAAGAGGGCGGCAAGCUCCCCCCUCCUCCCCCACCCUCUUACGACCCUGAUUAUAUUCAGUGUCCAUAUUGCCAGAGGAGAUUCAAUGAAAAUGCAGCCGACAGACAUAUAAAUUUUUGUAAAGAGCAGGCAGCACGUAUUAGUAAUAAGGGCAAAUUUUCUACUGAUUCCAAAGGAAAAACAGCCUCUCGGCCACAGUAUAAGCCGUCUCCGCUUAAAAAAUCAAAUCCUCCUGGAAUUACAUCAUCAGGAUCUUCCCGACUACCACAACCAAGUACUACUAGCAAAACAAUUGUAGGUGUGCCUACUGGUAAAGCAUCUUCAGUUAACAGUCCUUUGGGAAACAAACCUCAGACCUUAUCUCCUUCUCAUAGAGCAGUAGCAGCCCCUCAGGCAGGUAAGAUGGACAAGUUAGGCCCUCCACUUCGAACUGGAAGACAUGUGCAAAGGUUGUAUGGCAGUGAGACAAAGUCAAACAGUGCCUUCAAAAGACAUGAGCUAGUACCCAUUUGCAAAGCUAACACCAAGUCUCGAAAUACCACACCUCCUAGUUUGGCAAGAAAUUCUGUGUCAGGUGUGCUUACCAACAAAAGAAAGACUUUGACAGAGAGCUAUGCAGCCAGGCCAGAUGGAGACUAUACAUCUUCAGUUAAUGGAGGAAACAUUAAAGGCAUCGAGGGAAAUUCAUCUGGCCACUUACCAAAAUUCUGUCAUGAGUGUGGGACAAAGUACCCUGUUGAGUGGGCAAAGUUCUGCUGUGAAUGUGGCAUUCGAAGAAUGAUUCUGUGAACAGAAUUGCAAACGCUAAGGGUCCAGGUUCAGAAUGGCAUGAUUAUUGCUGCUUUGACAUCCACAGCACCUCUUAUAGUUAUGUUAUACUAAAGCUAUUUACAGUACUCUCUCCUUUGUCUUUGAACAGAGUCCGUUGGCUGUAUAAUGUGUUUAUGUAUAUGUAUGUAUAUAUAUUCUGUAUAUAAUAAAUUUCAUUCCUUCAGCCUUUGUCAUUCCAGGAAAUACUUAAGCACAUGUCAAACACUAAGUUGAUGUGAGAUGAUUGUCUUAGGUACUGCUCGCUGGCUGUUUAAAUACAUUAGUACACUUGCACAAGCACUCUCACUGUGGUGAUGAGCCUUGCAAGCUUUAGGAUGAUCACAUUGCUGAAUAAGAGAUUAGAAGAGGUGCUGUCAUUGGUGCCUAUCACCAAGAGUAUCAUAGGAGAAUGAGAUGCUGGAGAAUCUCUUACUGAAGAGAAUGUUAUUUAUUCCUUGUCAGUAGGUGUGAGGUCAUUUUCCCAGCUGAACUCUUCAGCAACUAGUGUUAAAUUCCUUAAAAAAAUGAUUAAAAAGGAAAACCUGAGGUCCACAUUGCCUGUAGCUUCAUGGAUUAUCAAUCACACAUCAUUAAUUGCACAUUAUCAAUUACAACCUAAUUAAAAUUUUAAACAUAUAAUCCUCCUUCUGUGAACAUGUAACUAUGCAGACUCUUUUUUCAGAAAUGUGUCUUACUCUGCUUAUAACUGAAUGAUGGAUUUGCCUCCCUCUUAGUUGGCCACACUUUUUUUUCCACUUCCAAUUGUGUUCUGAGAUUUUUAUAUUCCUUGUUUUUGGGCUAGCUCCUCUGAGGCUUUACUUUGUUAGUCUUUGCAGUAUUAAACAUAUAAUUAUUUAAGUAUACAGAUUUUUUUUGUAAUAUUUUACAUGUUUGAAAUUUUACUUCUAUGUAUGUGUGUUUAUAAGAAAUUAAUGCAUUUGAAAACAUCACCCCACCCAAUAAAUAAUAAUUGUGUUUCUCAUUAAUUCUGAGCAUGCAGAUAUAACUAUUUUUUAGUUCCUCAUGGUUCAUAUCAUUACAAGAACAUUGAAAGAAUAUCUCCUUUUUUCUAUUCAUAUUUUCUUUAGUGCUUAAUGUUGAGGCACUAUACAUGUUAUCAUGAAGAUGUAUGGAGAUGUUUUACAUAACUGACUUGCAUAAGCCCAGCUUGACUGACUGACAUGGGUUUUGAUCAUUGACACCUUCAGCUGCUUUGGCAGAGUAUGUCCCACAGUCCUGUAGUAAUCACUGUUCAGUUCAAUCUGAACUUUAACUUAUACAGGUACCAACAGCGUGUAUUGAUGUGUUUCUUUCUCAUUUGUUGUUUAUGAUUAAGGAUGAAUAUAGAAAUUCAUUGUCUAGAUUUUCCUUUCUGAACUUUAUUUCAUUCUUGCAUUCUGUUGUAUUUUCCUUUGGGGAGGGGUUUAAACUUGUGAUAAUGAGUCAUCCUUUUGCUCACCUCAUGCUUCCUUUCUUGUUUAUUCUAUUUGAUCAUAUUGAUAAACACAUUCAAAACUCGUCAGCUUCAGUAAGCAGUAACUGGCGGGGAAGACUAAUCUAAGAAGACACAUUAGAUUUUCAUGUUAGUAACUCCUUUUUUCCUUUAAUUGGUUACAGAUAUCUGAACUGUUUGGUUUUUCGAGACAGGGUUUCUCUGUGUAGCCCUGGCUGUCCUGGAACUUACUCUGUAGACCAGGCUGGCCUCGAACUCAGAAAUCCGCCUGCCUUUGCCUCCAGAGUGCUGGUAUUACAGGCGUGUGCCACCACCACCCGGCUUGAUAUCUGAACUUUUAAUUCACCAAUAUGCUUUAUCUAGGAGUGAGCAUGGUUUCCUUCUGCUGUAUUUUAACUCCAUGGAGUCUUUUCUACUUAAGGAGCAGCUGGAUACAUCGAUUUUAAGUAAAUAGGCACAUGCUUGUUGUCAUUGGCUUCAACAGUAGCAAGCAUGUUAUAGCAUGCUGCCAAGAGACAAGCCAGUCAAACAAGUUCAGUUCUCGACUUCAUAGAUCACUAUAAGCAUUAAGUCUAUGAAGUGCAUACAUGGAACAUGUUACAACAGUUUUUACCAUGACACUCUGGUCCAUAUUUUAGCCUCAUGCUGCUAUGCUGUGCAAUAGUUUUUAAGCAGUCUUCCUAUGCACCAUUCAUUUUUAUUUAUUUGCACAAUUAGUUUCGAGUGUAGUAGAAUGAAAAAUGAUUGUAUACUUAGGUUAAAAUGCAAAAUAGCUUAUAGAUUGUUCUGAAAGUUAUUUGUUGAAAAAUAUGACCAUUGUGACCACUGUUGUCUCUCGCUCAUUGUUUUUUUAAAUUAUAGAUGGCACAUCCAUUGAACCAAUAAAGACACAAAACAUCAA